AUGCAUCCCAUCAAAUAUGGUGCCCAUCAUCACCACCAUCAUCAUCAUCAUCUACAACAACAGCAAUUCAUGGAGGAUGAUGAUGCUUCUUCAUCCGCUUCAAUUUUCUUCAUUUCCAAUCCUCAUAAUCACCAACAACAACCUGUUUUCCCUUACCCUUCUCAACAACAUAAUAAACAACAUGAAAAUCCAGUUACCCAUCAGCUUUUCCACCAUCAGUUUCAACCAUUUCAACACCCAGAACCUGUUCAUCAUCAUAGUCAACAACAACAACAACCCUUUUUGGCUGUUAAUUUCAAGUUGGGUCUUAACGAAAACAGUGGGAAAAAAGAGGCUGCUUUACCUUUGAAUCAUCAGCAAAAUGGUGCUACUUUUCUCCAUGGAAAUGAGCAACAGCAACAACAUUCCCUUUUCUUGCCCCGUUGUUUGCCUCCUCAAGAAGAUUUUCCCAUCAAAGAACCCUUUUGGAAGCCCUUAAACAGAUGUGAUGAUAGGCAGUGUAGUGCAGAUGGAGCUAAAAUGAUAGAGGGGACUAAGUACAACAAAGUUUUGCAACAACCUGGUCAAUCUACAAGUGAGAGAAGCAGGAAUUUGGAUAGUAAAUAUGGACUGUUUGGUGAGCUUGAAGCAAUUUAUGGACUUGGAAAGCGUGGAGAAGCUGCUCAAGCUGGUUCAGGGUCUGCUCUCACAGGCGAGAAUUCGCCUGCAAAUGUUGGCCCUUCCAUGAACUUAACUAAGUUUCAAGAGCAUGACGUAGUAGGUGCCAAUGGUGGGGGUGGUAAUGUUGUUGCUACUGGGGUUGAUCAUGGAUCCGAAGCUUCUAUUGGGAAAGAAGCUUCAUUAAGGAAGGUUCAAAAGAAGAAGAGGAAGAUGAAAAUGAAGGAGCAAUUGAGUUCAAUGGUUGUGUUUUUCGAGAGCUUGGUGAAGCAAGUGACUGACCAUCAAGAGUGUCUCCAUAAAAGGUUCUUGCAAUUUAUUGAAAGAAUGGAGAAAGAAAGGUCAGUGAAAGAAGAAUCAUGGAGGCAACAAGAGGCUGAAAAACACAAUAGGGAAGCCGUUGCAAGGGCACAUGAACAAGCUUUAGCUUCAAGUAGAGAAGCUCUUAUAGUUUCCUAUUUGGAGAAAAUUACAGGUGAAAGCAUCAAUCUUCCUGGAAAGACUCCAUUACAGCAACCUGGAAAUGCAAUGGAACCCUUCAAUGGAGUGAAAGUUGAUAACAGUAUCAGGUGGCCUAUAGCUGAAGUUGAGGCCUUGAUUCAAGUGAGAUGUGACUUAGAAUCAAAGUUUCGAGAACCUGGAUUAAAAGGACCUGUUUGGGAACAAGUGAGCUCUUUGAUGUCUUCCUUUGGUUAUCAAAGAAGUGCCCAAAAAUGCAAAGAAAAGUGGGAAAACAUAAACAAGUAUUUCAGGAAAAGCAAAGAAAGUGGUAAGAAACGUUCUCAAAAAUCAAAAACAUGCAGUUAUUUUGAUCAAUUGGGUCAGCUUUACUCAAGAAUACCCAUUACUUGUCCCACUUCACCAACACCUUUGAUUAACAAUGACAUUGAGGUACAAAAGCAAGGUGAUUCAGACUUUUUAGAAGCCUAUCUUCCUGAGAGAGACCUUGUCACUGCACAAGUAAACAUUAGUGGGAACCUUAAAGAUUCUGAAAUGAACAUCCCAAAAUUGGAUUUUGAUGGCAUAGUUGGUGAGAAUGUAGCAGAAGGAAGCAAGGUAAAGUACAAUGAAAGCCAUGAAAGUGAACUAGAUGGUGAUGAUAAUGACAGUGAUAAGGGAGAAUGAGAAUUGUGGUCAAAUGGUAAAAAGCAGUCAGCUACAAGGUAAGUAUCUGUUCCAUAUGAUGGUGCGUUUAGUUCCACAAUGUUGCCAUCAACUAUGGGUUUGAACUAAAAUUUCAUUACAAACUGACUGUCUAUAAGGAAUUAGGAUAUGAAUUUAGUACUUUCAGAUUCAGUCCAUAUAAAAUAGUUGAUGAAAUAAAGUGAAUGGGGACAUCUGAACUUUUCUUGAUGUGUUAGCCAUUGCUUUUUCUCUUUUUCUUUGUUUUUUUUUGCUUUUGUAUCAUCUGCUUAUGGACCAUGGGUAGUUUUUGUCUAAAGAUUUUGUUUCAAAAUUUGAACCUCAAUCUUUUGUCUCCCUCUUCUCUUCAUAAUAAUAA